UAUUAAUACACAGCGAAAUAAUGGGUCAAAUUAAAAGUGAGAAAAUCGAUCCUUUGAUCCGCAUUCAAGAAGAAAUUAAGGAAGUUGUUCGACGUGAAGAAGAGCAUCGCCAGCUUACAACUGGAGGAAGUUCUCCAAUAUCGGCAAACGAAUACGAAACACACCACGAAAAUGGCACAGUAAAUAACAGUUACAGUCAUAUUGACAACGACAGCACCAAUAGCAUCUCAAUCAGCCCUGUUCCACAUUCAUCCUUAAAUAACUUGGAAGGUUCUUUGAAUAUUCCUUCUUUGCCGCAUAGCGAAAAUAGCGUGAACAGUAAAGAAAGUAUUGACGAUGAUUCAGGCAUAUCCGCCUCACCUAGCCCCGUAAAUGGUGUCUCAGCCAACCAAAGUCUCAGCGAGUCCACAAAGCCGUCAAAAGAGCAGCGUUAUAUCGGUCCAAAUUGUUAUACAAUCACCCCGGAACCUCCACGUCAGAUGAUAAUCGCGAACUCGGUUCCAGCUACACCUCCGGUCGUCAAUAGGCAGCGCAUGUUUGCAUUCAAUCCCGCCAAUAAGGGUGUAAUGCAACGUUUUAUAGCCACACGCGGAAGAUUGCAGAUGAACAACAAUAAUAACAAUGGAUCCAAUAAGAUUUUCUUGAAUACAAAAAAUGCCGCUGCACUACUUAAUACAAGUACUAUGUCUCCUCUAACAAUCAACACGGCAACAGGGGCUUUGGCAAGUCCCUUGCAUUCAACUAUGGCGCUUGAUAUACUCACACCAUCCAUAACCAUACCGACUGUGACAAUGACGCCUCCUCUCAUAGAGCGGGAUGCAGAAGGAAGAGUUAUACGACGUGGUUAUGUUCCAGCAGAAGUUAAGAUUCAGAAAGAAAUCAAAGACUUACAGGCUCGUGAGCAUGAACUGAAAAAGCGAAACAGAUUCCGACAAUCCACAUCCGAUUUGCUUGAGGCUAUUGGAAACGACCACGAGGAGACAGAUGACGAGGACUCUGAAGUUGAGCACUGCGUCGGUCCCAGACAACUUCGCUCGGCAAAGUCCAUUAGUGAAAUCAGCUACUCCACUCAGUUGAAUAACAGUAUCUCUCCAAGAGCAACUCCUAGUCCAGAUAUCGAUGUUAAAAAGAUUGGCAGCGGCGCAAUGCGUCCGGCUAUGUCAUUGGCACAGCUGUGUGAUUUGCCACCAGAGGAGGCGCCGUCUUCGCAUCGUCUCAUAGUGGAAUGGGAAAAUCGCAUACAGAUGAAUGCUGCGCGCAAUUCUACAGCACUACCCAACGAAGAAUAGAUUAGAAUAAAAUUUAACAAUGUCAUUACACCAAAUUUAUCUGUAAUUGCGAGUAAAAAGAAAAGGCCUGUAUCAUUUUA